GUGAAGGAGGGAGCAUGAGCUAAGGAGCGCGGGGCGGAGCCUAAGGGGACAGGGGCGUGGCCUGUGACAACUUCCUCCGGCUGAGAACGCGCGCUUGACUCCCGCCAGCGAUUUAAAGGGAUCAGCGCAAGCGCGAUGAAGAGAGACUAGCCGGCACUGUGGAGCGGAGCUGGGCUAAGAGCGGGAGCCGGCUGAGGGCUAACUGGAGGGAAGCAUCAGCGGCAGGCUACAGAGCAAGAAGACAGGGGGCGAUAAGACCAUAGAAACGGGGCACAGAUACCGAGGGUCACCUAGUGGUGAGCACCAGCUGACACCCCAUCAGCGCAGGCUGGUCGUACCCACAUUCUUCCCGGUUAAACAGCAGGCAGCGCGGGGUCCCGGCUUCGGCCAUCUUCGGCUGUGCGCUGAGAUCAGAGGCCGGCUUGGGGCUGAGUGCCCUCCCUCUCAUCCCCUCUUUUCCCAACACCAGUAAUGUGACUGGGCCAGAGGAGCGUGGCCCCCACCCCAUCCCGCGCCCAAACCUGAGGUCCACUCCUGUGAGUAAGCAGCAGCAACCACCUCACUACCUCGAGAAGCGACAGUAACUUCAUGCAGCCUCUCCCUUCUGAAUUACAGGAGAUCUUUAAACCACACAAACAACACUGAAGAUGCCCAGAAAAAGGUACAUUUUAAAGUGAGUUGAAAGCAGUGCCGUGUUACCAGUUAUAAAUUCACGGUGGGUGUCUCUACAAGGCCUAAUCUCUACAAGGCAUUUUGCCAUAAUGAGCAAAUGUGCAUUUUUUAAGCUAUUAUUUCUUUUCAGUGAAUUAGUAGACCAAUCAACGAAAACUGAAGAAACGAACAGGAUUGUGCUGCAUACCCGAAAGCGAAAAGCCGACGUUGCCAUUUGUUUGCAAGACUUGGAUGAACUUACAGAAGUGCAGUCUACGAAACCAUACGAAAAGGAGGAUUGCUGGACUACUGUAGCCAACUGUAUGAGUCCAUACAGACUACAUGCAACAUCAUGCACAAAUCUAGAUGACAUGGUUACAUCAAAUUCUACUAGCUGUGUGCAGUACAGGCUCAAAAAUGUUUUAGCCACUCCAACUAGAGCUUCACCAUUACCAGCAUUGUGCUGGGGAAAUCAUGAAGAAGUAUGGAAUAUCCUUCUGAAGAAGGAGCAGGCUUACUUGAGAGACAAAGAUGUUUUCCAAAAGCAUCCACUCUUGCAACCUAAGAUGAGAGCUAUUCUUCUUGACUGGUUAAUGGAGGUUUGCGAAGUCUACAAGCUACACAGAGAGACACUUUAUUUAGCCCAGGACUUUUUCGAUAGGUUUAUGGCAACACAACAAAAUGUUGUGAAGACGCGAUUACAGCUUAUUGGUAUUUCAGCUUUAUUUAUUGCUGCAAAGCUAGAGGAAAUCUACCCACCAAAGCUGCACCAGUUUGCCUAUGUUACUGAUGGCGCUUGCACAGAAGAAGAAAUCCUUAACAUGGAACUUGUUGUUCUGAAGGCUCUCCAGUGGAAUCUGUGCCCGAUAACAAUAGUGUCUUGGCUUAACAUCUACAUGCAAGUUGCAUAUUUGCAGGAAAUGUAUGAAAUAUUAAUACCACAGUACCCCCAAGAAAUGUUUGUUCACGUAAUGGAGCUACUGGAUCUCUGUAUCUUGGAUUUCAAAUGUUUGGAGUUCACAUAUGGUGUCACUGCAGCCUCAGCUUUGUAUCACUUUUCUUCUUGUGAAUUAGUUCACAAAGUCUCAGGAUUUGAAUGGAGUGAAAUAGAAGGAUGUGUGAAAUGGAUGGUUCCAUUUGCAAUGGCCUUGAGAGAGCUGGGAAGUAUAAAACACAAAAAUUUGAAAGGUGUCUGUCCAGAAGAUUUGCACAACAUACAGACACAUUCUAACAGCUUAUCAUUACUGGAUAAAGCUCUCUCAAAGCAGGCACUGUUGGAACAGAGUAGAUGUUCACCUGUACCUUCUGGAAUUUUAACUCCUCCUCAGAGCAGUAAGAAAAACAUUGUAGGCUCAGGUGAAGAUCUCAAACAUUUGCAAUCCUGAAACACAUUACGGGUGAAUUUCUUAUACCUCGAAGUCUGAAUUUAAGAAAAUGAUUUAACAUAACAUAAAUGAAAGUUAAGUGGAUUUGAUUCUCAUGCCUACUGUUGAAGGCAGAAGAUGGCUGUAGAAUUCUAAUUGCUUUCUUUGUGGUGCCUGCAACUCUUACUUCUGGGAUGUUAGAACUCUAAAACUUGGCUCUUAAUACUGACCUUUUUAAACUGGUGGACUUUUGCCAAAUAAAGGGUGCUUUCCAAGUUAUCCUAAUUGCUGCUAGGG